GGAAAACAGAAAAAUGGGAGUAUCCUUUAAAAGUCGCCUCUUCGGCUCCUUCUCGGCCUAUGUCAACAGGGGAGACUCCCAACGCGGGAUUCCUCUUUGGCAUGAUCGAAGAAAUCAAGAUCCAAUUUUUACGCGAGGAAUUCCCUCCUUGGGGGGGAUUGAUCUCGGCUUCCUGAACCGGAAUCACGAGAUCUCAAUCUGGGCGAUCGCUGAGACCCCCUGCUCUUUGGUUUUGGAUUUGGAAAUCUAUUGCCAAAAGGGGGUGGGGGGGUGGGGGGGCUUUCUGCUGCCGGCUUUGGAGGCUCGAUAGCGGCGGCAGAAGGGUGUUUGGGAUUUGUCGAGAUUGGAUUUCGAGCGAGGAUAUCAUGCCAUACUAAAUCCAAGAUUCUCUCUUUUCUUGGAGGUGAUCUAGAAUGGCAAAAGAAGACUUGAUUGAGCUCAAAUUUAGGCUCUCUGAUGGCACAGACAUCGGGCCGAACAAGUAUGAUCCUUCCACCACCGUGGCAUCUCUCAAAGAAUUCAUACUCGAUCGGUGGCCUCAAGACAAAGAAAUUGCUCCUAAAACAAUCAAUGACGUGAAGCUCAUAAAUGCGGGUAAAAUAUUGGAGAACAACCGAACCAUUGCUGAGUCUAGGGUACCAGUUGGUGAGCUUCCUGGUGGUGUAAUUACCAUGCAUGUUGUAGUUCGACCUCCUGUACUUGACAAGAACAAUGAGAAGCAACCAUCGAAAGCCCCAAAGCAUAACAGAUGUGGUUGCACAAUCCUCUGACAUCAGAGCGCAAUGUUUUGGUCAGCUCACUUGGAGUUCGAAUUUUAGCUUAAUGUUCAUCUGGCUGUGAAAUCCAAUUUAGUAGCUCUAAUUUGCACCAUCACUUGGAGGACUUUGCAUACUGUUCUUAGACUGUUUUUGUGCUAAUGUUAGUCCCUGAGAGAUUCUGGAGGUAAAGUUGGCAAAAAUCUUUUGUAACAUGCAAGACUUGUGGUUGUAUAAAUUGAAUCCCCAAACAUGACCAUUUGUUGCUUCUUUAA